AUGACAGCUCACGGCUUUUGGCAGUAUCUUAGGCUCAAAGCCAUUGUUUCUUUGAUUCGCUUCUUCAACUACCUUGGCACUCGUCGUCAUUUGCAACCGUCUCCAUCUUGCGACCGUAAACAAAUCCGCAUUCCGUCUAGGCAACUUGGUCGAUUUAUUGACGCUUGGAUCUAUCAUCCCCCCAACUACAACAAAGACGAGCCUAGAGGACUCGUCAUCAACUGGCAUGGAGGCGGCUAUGUUAUGCCGAAUCUGGGCCAGGACCAUUCGUUCUGCGAACAGAUAGCCCGCGAAGCCAAUGUCCUCGUGCUGGACGCAGAUUACCGCAAAGGACCGGAACAUCCAUUCCCUGGGGCUACUGAGGACGUCCAAGAUGUAUUGCGAUGGGUCCAGAGCCAGCCUCGCGUCUUUGACCUCGACUACGUUGCUCUGUCUGGAUUCAGCUCCGGGGGGAACCUGGCACUGGUCGCAUCCUCUGAGUUGAGACGCGAGUUCCAAGACAUCAACAUUAGGGCAGUUUAUGCGUUCUACCCAGGAACCGACCUUAGCAUCCCCUCAGAGGCCAAGUCGGUCCCGGAACCGAUUGUGCCGAUUCCUUCCUGGGCACUGCGCGUGUUCUUUGACAGUUACAUUCCCCAACUUGAGGAUCGAAAGUCACCAAAAGCUUCCCCAAUCUACGCCGAAGAGUCAUCUUUCCCCCCGCAUAUUCUUCUCUUUAUCUGCUCUGGAGAUAUCCUCUGUCCCGAAGCCGAGGUGUUUGGGCAGAAGCUGUCGCGUGCUGGCUGUGGUAUCGAAGUCGUCAAGAUGGAAGGGGCUGGGCACGGAUUCGACAAGGAUGCCCUUGCACGUGUUUUCAAGCCAGAGGAAAAGAAAAGAGCAUAUGCAAAGGUUAUUCAGAGUCUGAAAGCGAUAAUGUAG